AGAAAAUCUCACACAGUGAACUCUCCUGCUCUGCACAACUCCACGGCGAUGCUUGGAGCCGGUCGCACGCAAGAUUAGUUCGUCGUAUUGUUCCGUUGAGGUCGGUUUGCCUGGAAGCAGACGCAUCUGUUUUUGUGACGUGUAUUCGCCAUCGUUAUUGUUAUUGUUGCUACCAAUCUGUGUGGCAUUCCUACAGUGUUGUGCGUGUGUGGAGGCGAAUAUCUACCCCAUGCUGGUGAAAAUCGGCAAAGAAUCCUCGCGAUUCUUUGACUUGAGAUGCAGUGUGUCUUCGUGGAUCUUUUGUUUGUUGCCAUCUUCACCGUAGUCACUUUCAACCGCAAACGCAAGGGCUACCUGUUUGGGGUUGUGUUUCGCGCGUGUUAAUGAUGCUGGUAUCGACGAGGAUUCGUCUUUCCAAAGAUGGCGCACGGAUGAAGCCUGUUCUUUGCGUGCGCGCGCGCGUGUGUGUUUGUGUGUGGAGUGAUGGAUUCAACAGCGUGUCAUUAUCAUCACCGAUCCGGUUGCUGUGAUGAAGAUCGACAUUGAUUUCUAUCGUAUGCAAAGUGAAACAGAUGAAGAAGAAAAUGUUGGCUACAGAUCAACGAAACGAGCAGGAAGCAUUUAUUCGAGUGUAAGCGAGUGUGAUCCUUGCGCUUUAACAAGGUUCAAUUUACAAAGUGAUUAACUAAUUUUGAUUUGUUGUUAGUGUGCGUUACGUGAGUAUUUCGUGUGCGUUCCCACUGUAUCGUUUAAGUGAAUUGUUUGUGAAAAUUGCAUCAUUUUCCUGAAUGCAAAUCAUCGAUCAUCGGCGUUUAAUACAACGUGAUUACCAUUGUGUAUACUGUAAUCGAUUGAAAUUGAACACCGAAUUUGGAAGUACUUCGGGGAUUGAGCAAUACACAGCAGAGAACAGACGGCAGGAAAGCAGACGCUUGAUGGAAUGUGGAUGCGAAACGCGUCCGUCAACAGUUCCGGCCGACUCGUCGUCGUCCAAAUAGGGCUCGUUGUCCACUAUAUCGUCAAAAUCGAACCAGGUCGCAUCUAUUGAAGGUGGACGUUGUCGUACCGAGAAAGCUGCGGAAGGAAUGCAAUGAUGCAUAUCAAAAGCAGUCCUGCCACACCGGUGGUUGGUGAGAAGCGGCCCAAACCAGGGAAGAGAGAACCGCUGCAACAAGAACCACGCAAAGUGUCCAGUUUCAUUCAACGGUUUUAUCUGUUUGGCAAUAACACCAGUACUACGUUCGGGUCGGAAGCCGAACCCGAGACACCAAAGGCGAAGAAGGCGAAAGCUGCUGAACAGCAAACAGUAGACGUUAAGCGUGAUACAAAGUCAGCAAUAAGAUCUACAAGCUCCGAAAGUACCGGCAUUGGUACUCAAUCUCAAUCGUCCGAUGUGUCCGACGAACCGAGCCCCGUACAGUAUCCUUCAUACAGUGUACAGCGUUUAAGACAAUUUUGGAACAAUCGGUUGCUGUCGGGAUCAGCGCAACAGACUGCUACAGGAUCUUCCAUUGACACAUUGGUGAGAAAAUCGAAGAGUGCCACGAUUGGAACACCCACCGGGGUAGCCGCUCGAACUGUGCUCCGCAAGUCACCCUCUCCGAAAGCCGUCACACGAUUCCAUCGUAACGGUUCGAUUACUCGUUCGGGAAGGCGACGGUUAACGAUAGACAACUCUGAUAGCACCCGUAUCGGAACGGAAGCAGGCUUUCGAUCUACCCAAGGGCCGAAGCGUACCUCGCAAGCUGCACUGCUUAGCCCUGAUCGUGAAGUCCAACGUGCGCUGGUAGAAAAGCGACAGUGCGUUGGAUCUCCCACUGUGGCUGCUGGAUCCACCAAAAGAGAUUCAUUCCCUCUGGCAAUAGCUACACCAACCGGCGGUCAAAUCCAUUGGGCACGCCGAACGGAACUCCUAGGCAUUCGGGCACUGACACAGGAGGAAAAGAAACAGAGCUGCAAAAUGCCACUAAGGGUUGAAAACUACGUCAACAGCUACAUCGAUGUGGACAUACAGAGUGUCGGUGAGCAGGAUGAGGGUAAAGUUAAGGAGGCGAUAGCUGCGACUCACGAACCAUCAAACGAUGUUGUUGAGAAGUUACCACCGAUCUCUCACACGGUUACUCCUGUGACACCCGUACGACAAACCAACACAUCUUCCUUGGGACGUAAAGGCAAUACGCCAACGCGAAAAAUAAGCUUCUUGAACAAUAUCUCACCCUACAAUCGAAAACUGUUGGCUUGCAAUGGUACAAAGGUGGCUGCAUUGACGAGUAAAUUUAAUCAGAUGAUCCAACAGGAUGCCGGUUUGCUGGUACAGGUGCAGAAGCGUGGCGGAUAUCUGCACAAAUGUGGCAAUGUAGCGUACAAAGUAAUCGAAGAUCCCGGUACCGAGGGAGGAUACGGAUUUACAGCGUCGAGUCGUAACAGUGGUGCGAGAAGCAGCUUACGGAAGAAAAACUCCAACGCUUCCGCUACUUCUGCUGGUGGUGGUACUACUGGUGGCGCUGGGACUGCUGGUGGCAACAAGACCGAUGAAAGUUCGGACGAAAUUUCAUCGGUGUCGAGCAAGAAUUCAUCGAUUCGCAAAACGGGAUUAAGAAAGCGACCUAGCCUGAGAAAAAACAUCUACCGACGGCCGGAUUGGGAAGCGGGACGAAGUUCGCUCGGUGUGCGUAAGGUGCUGGAGAUGUUUGAACCUAACCUGCACCAUACCCGUGGAAAGCGUGCCGAGAGUGGUGACACCGGUAAACCACCACCGGGACGAAGUAAACCGAAAGUACCAGACAAAAGCGAACAGGUUCUGCAGAAAACGAAGGACAUUAAGUCGAAAAAGGUGACAAAUGGAGCAGGUGAUAGAGAUAAUAAGAGGAUUCAAACAGACGCAUCACAUGUAUCUGGGGAUGUUGAGUCUGCUGAAAUGAUUGAGCAGUGUGUCGUCGAUGGGGGUGAGGAAGUAACAAAUGAAAAGUUAAAUGUCUCAGAAGCAUAUGUACCUAUGCCUGGGGAAUGUAAUUCGUUGAAUGAUAGUCAGAAAAUAGUAUUCACGCCAAAGCAUACUACAGAGCAGGACAAAAACAAAAACGAUUCAUCGAAAAUAUAUGAGUACUUGCCAAUAGAGGUCUCUUCAGAUAGUAUAGUACCUCUAGUAGACAACAGUGAGGACAGCACGACACUUCGUUCCGUUAACAGUAAUGUAUCUGAAGAGCUUGAUUCAUCCUGCGAUCGGAUAGGUUUUGUAGAAAAUUCUGCGAUAGAUAUAAAUGAAAAAGCAACCACCAUUAAUAUUCAGCCAAUCGAAACUGUUAUCGCGAUCAAUGAAGCUAAUGAGAGGGAAAAGAGCAAAAGUGCUGCCUCCAAAAUUCAUGGGCGUCUCACGUUCCGAUCGUCUAAAACGUCAACAACAGAAAUAUCUCCUGCGCUAAGCGAAAAACUAGAUGAAAAUGUAACCUUAUCUCAAGAGGACGAUAGCUUUGGUGAGCACUAUGCAACAUACAGUUCGAUUGAUAAGGGAAACAAAAACGCUGGUGAAACAACUACAGAUAUUUCCACUAAACGCAGCAAUGAUAUGGAACCAGUCUCAUCGCCAAAGGAAAUUAAGGAGAAAAAGAAAAGCAAAAGCACCGUUUCGAAAAUUUACGAACGUUUGACGUUUCGAUCAUCAAAGAAGAUAGUGACACCGCUUGAAAAGUCGGAUGAACUAGUUAUCAUUAGGGAAGAGGACAAUAGUCGAAAGGCAACCGGAUUACGAAGAUCCUUUGUGUCAUCGAUUGAAAUACCAACAAUUCAUCUAGAUGAAGCCAUAGCGCCAUCAAGCUAUGCACCUACACCAGAAGCAUCAAGCGGAAAGGAUACUUCGGAACAGAAGAUUCUCGAUGCGAUCAACGCUGUUAGUCAAAGAAUCGAUAAUUUAUCGAAAAGCUUCAACGACUUAACUCUCACCGAUAGCGAACUAAGUAAGGAGUAUACCCCACCAAGUGCCGAAGCAGAUAUUCAGCAAGUGCGUCCGAAUACGUCCUUCCUUUUCCGUGGUAUGGGUGCAGGAGGUUCUAAUGCUGAUAUGGGAAGCAAACAUGCUAGUCAGCGGAAAAUCGUCGAAGCAGUUAAUACGGUUGUGAUCAACAAAUCCAUUUCGAUGGACGAUCAUCAUUUUCCGUAUGCGCGAGGUGAGAUUGGCAGGAUGAGUUUGAAUGAGCGCUCCCGUGUGCAGCGUAGCCUAGAGGAUGACUAUGAGCUGGUUACACGACCGGAUGAGAAACCAGCACAGUCGGUGGAAACUGUGUCCUGCUCCAGUCCUUCAAUCACGAUCGAUUUAACCGAGCUUACUAGCAAAAUAGAGUCGUUCGUUCAUAAAUCUAAGCGAGAAUCGGAUAACAUUUAUCAAAGCAUUCCAAGAAAAUGCUCAACUACGAGUAAGAGCCAUUUGCUGCCUGAGGACACGAUCAGUAUCAACAGUUACGAAUCAUUCGAAAACUACGAAUCCAUCGAACAUGACGUCCUAACGAGCACGCGUAAACAAAACACUGAGGUAGCAUCGCGAGAAGAAGAUACGUAUGAAAUCUGUAGUCCUCCACCGGAAUUGCCACCAGCGCGAGAAGAUAAUCGAAACGAUCUGACCUUGCCACAACCAAAGCGCAAUCUGUCCACAUCACCCAAAACACUGCCCAAGCACCUGCAGGUGACUUAUCAGUCCAACUACGAGCGAAUCAAGUACAGCAAGAUUCCACCGAGACCACCGAAACCGGAGGAAAUCCCACUGCCACCGAGGAACAACUCCACCACCAACAUUGCCAUUCUACCGAAUGUAUUAGUGGAAAGUAUUAGCUCCACGGAAGAUACACCAAGCCCGGGUGGAGAUUUGCUGGACAAAUCACCCCACGGACAGGAGAACAUAUACGAGGAGAACAUCUACGACACGAUCCGCAGUGCGGACGGUGUCGACUAUGACGAUCCGGCAUGCGGUGGAAGCUCGGCAGAGAUGGAGCCAACCCAAGCGAAUAGUCCACCGAGUAGAGUGAGCCCGAGACAGCAACCUUCUCCACCGGCGGAUAGCGUAUCGCUCGUAUCAUCCAACUGCUACGAGUCGAUCGGUUUACGGCUGGAGUACGAUCGAAAUUUGACGCUCACUCGACGCAACAUGGCCGGUGGCUCGACGACGACACUGGCGUCCGAUCAAAUCACCAACAGCCUGUACGGUACCACGGCCGGACUGGCGAGCUUAACACCACCAAGUGAACGUGGUAGUGACACAAGCAACAGUGCCGACUGGACCGAUAUCUCCGACGAGGAUGAGACCGAACGUACAGACAUGGCGCCGAUAGCACCGGGAUCGAAGCGACCGAACUUCAUUGUCGUACGGGAGCGCAAGCGGACUCAUCAAACACCGUUAAGGUCGCGGAAACUGGCUCGUAUCUCGCACCCGAAGAUAGACGACGAUUCCGAUCACCACUACGAAUCGCUAUAUUCGAUCGGUUCGAAUGAAGAUCGACAACAGCAUGUUUCAAACUGCAGCACGUCACAUGGUGACAAACCGGUGUUGUCGAGCCCUGCAGGAAUAAACUUCCAUCAACAUCGAGCCGCCGUUGAACCAAAUGCUUCCAUCCUUCUGCCCAAUGAUGAUGAGUUCGAUUCGUUCGAUAGUGAUGACACGGAGGAAGACUACGAAGAUGAUGACGAGGAGCGUAACCGCGCCCGGACCGACAGUGGAGUAGAUAUAAGGAAUGCAAAGCUACCGGAUCCACCACCUUCCAGCAGCCAGGUGUACGUACUGGUGCAAAAGAUCAAGAAUCUCGGUACCCUGUCGGAGAUAGCGAAAAGCUUCCACAAGCUGUCGAAGAAGAAACCAACUAAAGGCAGUGCUGGUGCUACGUACGAGAAUGCUGCUACCGUUCUAUCGCCGAAGCUGCCUGGAAAAGGCACCAAAUCCAAAUCGUUCAAACUACCGAUCCCUUUAGUCGGCGGUGGUGGUGGUGUGCCGAAACCACCACCAGAGGAUUACGAGAAUGCACCGUUCUCGGGUACGCAUCCGGUGCCGCCUGGUUCGUCCUUGCUGUUGGCUUCUUCGCAAUCUUCAUCUUCCGUGUCCAUGUCUAACCCACCGUACGCGGCCGUGUCUAGUCCCAUCCCGGAGCAAACGCUCGGGCCACCAUCUGCCGGUGUACGUAGUACGAGCGAAUCCAGCAACGUGAGCAGUUAUGUGCCGGGAAGUCAGCAGAGUGCGCUGGCGGAUUGUGCGACCCGCAAAAAGUCCAAAAGUACCAAAUCGUUGCGCUCGAAGUUGCGCAAAAGUCUCGUGUCCGAUUCGACGAGCCUCAAUAUCGGCAGCUCGUUCAACGGUUCGCGCAGCACAUUUUACGUGACGUCUGCGGACGUCGAUUCGGGUAUAUUUAACGGUUCCGAGGGUUGCUUCAAUCCACCAACGAGCGUGUCUCAAUCGGAUAUGGGAUCGUCGAAACCGUUGGACGACCAUCGAAGAAAAUCGAUUGCCUCUGCCAUCGGUACUACGAGCCACCAUCGACCAACAAUUCCUCCGCCACCACCACCGGCCGAAACGGGCAAAAGAACGAGCAUAACUUCCUCGCUAUCUCCAGAGCUGUCGGCGAACAAAUCAUCCAGCAAGAAGCUGGGCGCUACCUCAUGGUACGCAGAGUGUGGAGUCUUUAAACAGCCACACUCAUUCGGUACAGGUAGCGAUCAAUCGCUGAGCGGUGGCAAACCUAGUAGCAUCAGUCCUCGAAGUUCGAUACCAGCAAAAAAUGGAGAUGCUGCGGUUCAUGUCGAACGAACACUGCCCAACGGUGGUCAUACAACUUCGUCAUGGUAUGCGGAUAUCUAUCAAACUAGCGGAGCAUCAGUGGCCAGUUCGAGCGAAAGCUCGGGUGUUUCAACUGGUGGGGAAGGCGGACCAGGUGACGAUCAUUCCCACAGCAUGUUCGUCAAUGAACCACUCUACCAGAUUUAUAAUGCGGCCAAGCUGGAAUCGAUCACACGUGACAUCGAUGCGGAAAUUAGUGGCCGCACGGAGGCAGAGCUGUACGACGAUGGUUACGAGAAGAUUGCGGAGAGGAACCGUCGGCGUAAUGCAGCAGAAGGUGAUGAGGGUGGUUCGACAACCUCCGGUAGUUCGUCUACGGAUGGAGACGAUCGUAGCGACGAGUCUUCCAUGCAUCUACGCAAACCGUCUCGCCCAACCGCACUAGAACUGAUCGAGCCUCACAUUGGUAAGCUGCGGACACUUUGGUGCGAGGUUCCGGAGGUUCGGAACUCGGAAAUACUGGCUACGUUAACGCCGACAGAGAAACGUUUACAGGAAGCCAAAUUCGAGAUAUUAACCUCCGAAGCAUCCUACCUGAAAUCACUCAAUCUACUUCGAACGCACUUUGUCAAUCAUCCGGCAUUCCGGGACACUCGCAUACUGAGCUCCUCGGAAAGGAAAACACUCUUCUCCUCCAUCAUUCCGGUACAGGAGUGUUCGGAUCGAUUGCUGUGCGAUUUGGAAAACUGCUGGCAGGACAAUAUUAUGCUGCUUGGACUAAGCCACAGCAUCUACAAGCACGCAGAGAAGCAUUUCCACGUGUACGUGACGUACUGUGAGCACCAGGCAAAGAUUGACCGAACGCUCAAGGCGCUGAGAGCAAACAAGCCCGAAUUUGCACGAACACUGACCGCGCUUGAAGCGGACCCAGUGUGCUGUAGCCUAAGCCUGUCCUCCUUUCUGAUGUUACCGAUGCAGCGAAUUACGCGCAUGCGCCUGCUGCUGGACGCCGUCCUGCAACGCUGCCAUCCGGAGGAUGACGAUGAGUUUAGUAGCUGGGAGAGCACGUUUGUGCUGAUAAAUCGUAUCCUGACGCAGUGUAACGAUGCGGCACAUCGAAGCGAACAGCUGUACGAGAUGGAGCUGCUAUCGCGCCAGAUUGAGUUCCCGACCAAUGUGCGCCCGUUGGCAAUUGUGCCGUGUGGCAUUGGUGCUGCCACCAUGCACCGGAAGUUGGAGAAACGGGGCGAACUGGUGCAUCUGCUGUGGCGCGGUGACGAUGCGAAGCUCACCUUCGGCAAGAAAAUUUCCAAGAGCAAUGUGUACGCGUUCCUCUUUACCGAUUUGCUCGUGUUGACCAAAAAGAAAAGCGAUGAAAGCUAUCUUGUGAUAGAUUACUGUCAACGAGCAUUGCUGACCGUCAGCUCGGGUGACAUAGUACCCGGGCUGCCAGCGAAGGAGAUGCACGCGAUCGGUAAAAAUCUCAUCAUUAUGACACUGUUGGAAAACCACGAGGGCAAGACGAUAGAAAUGUUUCUUAGCUGCCCGUCCGAAACGGAACGCGAACGUUGGCUGAUGGUGACGGAACCGCCGGCCUCGGAAAAUCCGGACGAAAAGAUCUACGAACAGUGGGAUUGUCCGCAGGUGAUAGCAGUGCAUCCCUACCAAGCAUUGCAACCGGACGAACUCGAUCUCGACAUUAAGGACGUGGUGAACGUGCAUCGGAAGAUGGCUGAUGGUUGGUACGAAGGAGAACGCAUCCGCGACGGUGCCGUCGGUUGGUUUCCGAGCAACUAUACGAAGGAGAUUCCAUCGGCACACAUACGGGCGAAGCACAUCAAGCAACGUCAUCUGCUACUUACGUACACCUCCAAGUACAUCGACACUGCCACUAAAGGUCAUCAGCAUCUUCAUCAGCAGCAGCAACAGCAGUUACAGCACCACUAUCAGCAGCAUGGCAAAAAGUGAUAAUGUGGCUGCCGUACUUAGAAUAAGAGCGCAUUUGAGUUGGGAAUUUGUACAUGAAAUCUAGGCUGUAUAGGUUUGAUACUAUUGCGCAUGUUUUAUACCGGCAAUCACCGGUUUCUGGAGUAGUAGUAAUUAGGUUAGCUAAAUCCCUUAGAAGAAUAUCACUAGCGUACUCUGUACAUUGUAGCUAUAUCUGUUGCAUGCCACAUUUUGUUCUAUCUAAUCGUUAUUGAAUUUAAUGUGAAAUAAAAUGUUACUGAAAUUAA